UCCACCGAAGGAUUAAUGCAAGGACUACGCUUUCGGUGAUACCCACCACGUCUGCAGAAGACAUCGGUUUCUGCUCUUCAAAAAUCAUCAGUAUAUACACUUUUAAACCCCUUCACCCGUUUUGUCUUUUCGCCACCAUCCCCACACGUUUCCUGGGGGGUUGUUUUGAAACUUCUCUGUUUUGCAUGGCAGGGGAGUAACCGUGGAGAGGCCAGGGUAUCACAAGCUUAUGGAUUUUGAGAAGAGAGGUGGGAAGGAAGAGACAGAGGAAGGGAAAAGGAUGUCGAAAACAGCAAGUAGUAGGACUGGACAUGGGGGCCGGGGAACGGGGACUAACUCUGGGGUCCUUAUGGUUGGCCCCAACUUCAGAGUUGGGAAGAAGAUCGGCUGUGGAAACUUCGGCGAACUGCGGCUAGGCAAAAACCUCUACACAAAUGAAUAUGUGGCCAUCAAACUGGAGCCAAUCAAAUCCAGGGCGCCUCAACUCCAUUUGGAGUAUAGAUUUUAUAAACAGCUGGGAAAUUCAGAGGGAGUUCCUCAGGUCUUCUACUUCGGCCCUUGCGGGAAGUACAAUGCUAUGGUUCUGGAACUGCUUGGGCCCAGUCUGGAGGACCUUUUUGACCUCUGCGACCGCACUUUCUCCCUCAAGACCGUCCUAAUGAUAGCUAUUCAACUGAUAACACGGAUGGAGUAUGUUCAUACGCGGAGCUUGAUAUAUCGAGAUGUCAAGCCAGAGAAUUUUUUGGUGGGGCGGCCGGGGUCUAAGAGGCAGCACACCAUUCAUAUCAUUGACUUUGGGCUUGCCAAAGAAUACAUAGACCCCGAGACCAAAAAACACAUCCCAUACCGAGAGCAUAAGAGCCUGACUGGCACUGCCCGGUAUAUGAGUAUCAGCACACAUUUGGGAAAAGAACAAAGCAGAAGGGACGACCUAGAAGCACUGGGCCAUAUGUUUAUGUACUUCCUGAGAGGCAGUUUGCCCUGGCAGGGCUUGAAGGCAGACACACUGAAAGAACGUUACCAGAAAAUUGGCGACACCAAGCGAGCUACGCCGAUCGAAGUGCUAUGUGAAAGUUUCCCAGAGGAAAUGGCCACCUAUCUGAGAUAUGUGAGACGACUGGACUUUUUUGAGAAACCAGAUUACGACUACUUGAGGAAGCUCUUCACAGACCUCUUUGACAGGAACGGCUAUGUCUUCGAUUACGAGUAUGACUGGGUCGGCAAGCCUCUCCCUACACCUAUAGGCCCCAUCCCCACAGACACACCCCAGCCAAGCAGCAGAGACAAAGCACAACCGCAGACCAAAAACCAGUCGCCCGAGCCCAAAGGAAGUGAGUCCCAGCUCACUCCAGUGACCAAUAAGGAGACUCUGGGGUCGCAACUCACGGCCGAGAGGCUGGGGGGCUCAGUGCAGGUCAUGAGCUCCAUGAAUGGAGAGCUGAACACAGACGACCCAACCGCAGGACACUCCAACGCUCCCAUCACUGCACCCGCUGAAGUAGAGGUGGCAGAUGACACAAAGUGCUGUUGUUUUUUUAAGAGAAGAAAGAGGAAAGCUCUUCAGAGGCACAAGUGAAGCGCGCUCUUUGAAAAGAACUUGAAACAUUCUGGUCACUGUUAAGUUUGAAAUGCAAGCAAAUACACAGAUCUCUCUCUCGCUGUCUUUCUCUCUUUCUCUCUAUCUCUCUCUGUCCCCAUCACACUUUCUUUCAUAGAUGCUUCACCACUUAAUGGAGUGCAAAGGAAUGAUGUUGACUGUCCAACAGACUCUGGUUCCUUCCAAAAAAAAAAAAAAGAGAAUAAUGAAGAUACAUAA